GUCCGUUUAUCCAUUUGAGUACCCAUUGGUAAAACUUUCGUUGUGCACUUGUAGAUUGUGAAAUAACACACGUACCGGUAUCCAUCUCGAAGAAACAUAAACUGAAUAGCAUAGAAAACAAACUGUUCUUGAGAUUCAUGUUUAAAUUUUUUUUAUUGAUAACGGAAUUAUUAGUAAAUUCAUAUUUGUAUUGAAUAUAUAACAGUUCUUGUUAUUGAAUUAUAAACAUUCAAAAUAAUACAAGAUCUAUGAAAGAUCAACUAUUUUAUAAUGAAAAUAUUUUUAGAAGUUGCUAUAGCAUCUGCUAUUGUAUCUACACAAACUCUUCCACAAAUUUGGUAUUUAGAUUAUUAUAGGAAAUUUAGAAGUAGAUAUGAUUUUAAUAAUAAUGAAAUACCAGUUCGAAAAGAUAUUCAACAAAAAUUUCAAGAAGUAAUAAAUGAUUUACAUAUACCAAAAUCAAAAAGUGAAAAAAUUAAACUUUUCAAUGUUUAUGAUAUAAAUAUAUUUCAUGCUGGAACAACAUGUACAAAAUAUGGUGCUAUAAUUGGAAUUCCAAUAAAUUUUGAAUAUGAUGAUAUUAAAAAUAUGACAGAACAAACCAUAACAUUUCGAAAUAUACAAGUUAAUUGGAAUCCAGAAAUUAAUAAAGAAUUUCAAAAAUCUUUAAUACUUUCAAAAGAUGCCCAAAAAUUUUUAAUGGCUCGUAAAAUUUUAACAGUUACAGAAAAUUAUUUGUUAUAUGAAAUACUUGAUUUAUCUUUUAAUACUUUAAUAGGAAUAAUAAUAUAUGAACUACUGUAUUUAACAUUAAAAGUUACCAAGAAACAAAGAGGCAAAAAUAUUUUUUGUAUGAGUAUUGCUACAUUUACAAGUGGUUUUCUCUGCUUAUUAACAAGCAAUGCACAAGAUUAUUAUAGAGAACUCCAACUCAAUGAGAAAAUGGCUAUGCUUAAUGAUAAAUAUAUUAAAGGUGGUAUAGAAUAUUACGAAAAAUUAUCAAAAAGAAAUAAAGCCUUGAGAGUACUUUUAGGGAAAAAAGGUACAUAUCUAUUUACACCUAAUGGAGAUGAGAAUACUUUUUUUGAAAAGUCAAUUCCAAUUUCUGAUCAAAUAGAUUAUUUUAAAGCAAAAAUACAAAAUAUUCAAUUAAUAUAGUAAUUAUUAUAGUAU